CAAGAAAGGAAAAGACAGAGGAGAUUGGCUCAAACCUCUGGACCUUGUGUUUGUCUUUAGGACCUACUACAGUCGUCUUUAGUGUGUAACAUCACUGGACCCCAGACACGAAGGGGAAUUGCACCACAUCUCUGAAGGUGACAACAAAGUUCUGGAACUAGACAAUGAUGGUUGCAACAACAUUGAGAAUGUACUUAGAUCACUGAAUUGUACACUUUAAUUGGUUAAAAUGGAGCUCAAGAAGCUGGGAGUCAUCCUGUAGGAAGCAUUCCUGCAGAGAAGCAGCAGUUGCUAUUGAAAGAGAGAGACACAGAGAGAGAAUUGGUACACCAGGGCCUCAGCCACUGCAAUUGAACUCAAGGUGUUUGCUCCACCGAGUGAAUAUGUGCUACCUUGAGCUUGCCUCACCUUUGUGCAUCUGGCUAUGUGGAAUCUGAAGAGAGAUUGGACAUGUGUCCUUAGGCUUCACAGGUUGUAACACUUCUUUAACCAGAGGACUCUUCUUUGGAGGGAAGGAUAUCAUCUGAAGAUCCUGCUUUUGUGGGCAAGCUGACAUUGAUGGAAAAUUAGGUCUGCUUCCUUCUAGAUUUCUGUAGAGAUGUGUAGGUAGCUGUUCUCUUGGAAACUAAUAUGACAGCAAUUGAAAACUUCAUUUGGAUCCAAGGUCUGCCUGUGAGUCACCUAUAGUUCUUAUCAACACUGGAGGUAACGAAGGAGAAAAUUGCAUCAAGUCAGCACAGUGAUAGCCUUGGAUUGGCAGAAGAUUGCUGUCAACAAGUGUGUUCUCAGAAAUCACCUUCCUCCCAUAUAUCAAGUUCACCUCUACUCUGCUUAUAUCAUGGACAGAGGUUCCUUUUUUUAGAAAGGGAACUGAAUAACUACUGAAUUGACAUUUGAUUCUAACCAUUGCUGCCACUUUCUUCUGUGAUUUAGACAAAAACAUAAAUAUAUUGGCCUUGUACACACUGAGAUCUAAGGGUAAGACUAGAUAGUGGGUUUAACUGAGUUUCACCAUGACUGGUGCAAAGAAUAAGGCUAGAGCCCAGGCCAAAGCUGAGAAAAAGGCAAGUGUACAAGCCAAAGCUGCGGUAGAAAAGCAGGCUCAUACUGUGGUCAAGCCUGCAGCCAAAGUUCAUACAAAGGGAAAAGCUAAGGCUGGACCUAAAGUAGAUGCUGUGGCAGAGGUGAAGACAGUGUCUAAAAACAGGGGUGCUGAGGUGAAGGAAGGAACCCGGUCAGAGCCUAAGACUCCAGUUAAAGCCACAUCAGAUCUCCCCAAAGCUGAGAACAAGGCCACCAGCUCUGCAUGUAAAGAUAAAGCUGGUACUGAUAACUGGUUCUGGGCUGGGGAAGAGGCUAGUAUCAACUCUUGGUUCUGGAAGGGAGAAGAGGCUGGUAAUCGUUCUGUGACUAAGUAUGAAAAUAAAACUGAUGCUGGUGCCCAAAGCUCUGUUGAAGUGAUCGAGCCUGUAACCAGGGUCGGCUGCAAAUCUAGGACAGGAUUUGAGGAGGAGGAAGAAGAGAAUGUUAUUGGAAACUGGUUUUGGGAAGGAGAUGUCACUGGUUUUGAACCUGAUCCUAAACCUGUGUACAGAAUAGUUAGACCUCAGCCAGUGGAUGAAAUUAAUGAGAAAAAUAGACCCAAGGACUGGUCUGAGGUAACCAUCUGGCCCAAGGCUCCUGCUGUAACUCCAGCAGUGUUAGGAUUUAGAUCCCAGGCCCAGUCUGAAACAAGGCCAUCUUCAUAUAUUGUUCUGGCCUCAAAUGAAGAAAAUAAUCGUUCUUUGCCUGCCGAAGCAGCCUCCUCUUCUAAAGGCACUCGCUCGAACUCACAGCCUAUCCCAGAGUACCCAUUUGGUUCUGACCCUUGCAUCCAGACCUUAGAAGAAAUUAGGCAACAAAUCAAGAUUAGAGAAACGAAUGGCAUUAAGCCAUUUGCUUGCCCUUGCAAAAUGGAAUGCUAUAUGGAUUCUGGGGAAUUUGAAAAACUUGUUAGCAUACUUAAGUCAACUACUGAUCCUCUUAUACAUAAAAUUGCACAGAUCGCAAUGGGUAUUCAUAAGGUUCAUCCAUUUGCCCAAGAAUUCAUUAAUGAAGUGGGUGUAGUGACACUUAUAGAAAGCUUACUCAGCUUUCCUUCUCAGGAUGUGAGAAAAAAGACUGUAAUUACCCUGAAUCCUCCUUCUGGGGAUGAAAGACAGCAGAAGCUUGAAAUACAUGUUAAGCAUAUGUGUAAAGAAACUGUGUCUUUUCCCUUGGAUUCGCCUGGGCAGCAGUCUGGAUUAAAGAUACUAGGGCAGUUGACUACUGAGCCUGUUCAUCACUACAUUGUUGCUGGUUACUUUUCAGAGCUUUUCCAUUUGUUGUCCCAGGGAAAUCGUAAAACCAGAAAUCUUGUUUUGAAACUGCUUUUGAAUAUGUCUGAAAAUCCAAAUGCAGCUAGAGACAUGAUCAAUAUGAAGGCAUUGGCAGCACUAAAACUCAUAUUUAACCAAAAUGAGGCAAAAGCCAAUCUUGUUAGUGCUGUGGCCAUCUUCAUUAACAUAAAGGAGCAUAUUAGGAAGGGCUCAAUUGUAGUUGUUGAUCACAUGAGCUAUAAUAUGCUUACUGCCAUUUUCCGUGAAGUUAAAGGGAUUAUUGAAGCAAUGUAAGAUGAGCCAGAAAUGAUAGAGAACACUGAACAAUAUGCAAACUGACAGGCUAUAUAUUCUCAGAGUCUUGUAUAAUGUUUGGCUCAUUACAUUAUGCACACUAUACCUUAACAUCUUUCACACAGUGUUACUUGUGAUAGACAAUAGCUUGGAGCUGCUUCAUUUUUUGGUGUAUCAAAUGAAUAUUACAUCUUGAGGUAAAGAUAUUUGUUGACAAUCUUGUACAGGCUGGCAUAUUUGUCACGUUUUACUUAAAGAAAUUGUGAUCCAUUUGUCAAAAGUAUACUAUCUUGAUCAGUAGUGUCUGGUCCAUUUGUGGCUUUAAAUGUUAAAAAAGAAAAUACUGAUUUUGUAAUCUAGAUGCAGAAAUAAAGCAUACACAAAGGCUACCUGCACUCUGUGUCUAACAUAUUUUUGUACAUAUAUUUUUUUCAUUGCCCAAUAUGACCCCUGGGUUCAAAAAGGAGGAAGGGGUUAUAAGCUAUUUAAUGUAAGAGGGAUUUCUGUUUUCUCUGUACUAUGGCUACAUCAAACAUGGCCCUGAAUCUCACACUAAAUGUUGCAACAUUUAUAACUCUAAUUUUAUACUAUUUCACUUAUGUCAGUCUUCUCAGAAGAAAAAGGAUGUUGGUAUGGAGAGAAAACAUAAGACACUACAUUUUACAUGUUAUUUUCCCUUUGCAGUGGUCCUGUUAAGUAGGUGCUCACAUUUGGUUUCAUUAUUCUGGAUAUCCCUUAAUCAGAUUUGAAACCACAGCUGAAAAGAAGUAUAGCUAUUUUUUCUAGCACCAGAACCCCAUCUCACCACACCUACAAUCCUUUACUAUUUGGUGGUAGCCUUCAAAGUUCAGAGACUGUUUUGUUUUAAUCUAUUAACUUGCAGUAGGCCAAAGUAACUUGCAAUGUCUCUACUAGGUGUUAACACUUAGUUUUCUUCAGAUACAUAUCCAUAAGGCAUUUGGCCAGGAGAAAAGACUGAGAUUAUAGAUACCAUGCAGUAUCUAGGAAAUUCUAGGAAAACAAAACUUGUUAGAUGAAUAAGAUGCAGCUGUGGAUUUAAAAGAAUCCAUACUGUCUUUUUGUGGAGAAAGUCUCUAUCUGUAAAACCCAAGUAUGCUUUGAGAUUUUCAAAAGUUAGAAACUAUAACUAUUGUGCUGUAAGUACUAUUUGUAACUAUGUUGUGGACAUCUUUCCUUGUCAAUAAAUAUGCUUCUAUAAAAUA